GCUCGAUGCCCGCUUGUUUGCGGUGAAGCCUCCGGCGAACAGCCGUAGCGGAAACGCCGCCCGAGAUGUCUGCUCCCUCCGCCCCACCCCGCACGGUGAUCUGUGUGGGCGACGUCCACGGCUACAUCACGAAGCUGGAGAGCCUCUGGUCCAACCUCCAGGCCGCACUCCCCGCCGACGCCUUCGCCACCGCGCUGGUCAUCUUCCUCGGCGACUACAACGACCGCGGCCCGCACACCCGCAGGGUCCUCGACUUCCUCCUCGCGCUCCCGACGCGCUACCCCGCGCAGCGCCACGUCUUCCUCUGCGGCAACCACGACCUCGCCUUCGCGGCGUUCGUCGGGGCGCUGCCGCCGCCGCCCGACGGCUCCCCGUUCUCGGCCACCUGGGACGAGUACAUCCACAACGAGGAGCACGAGGGGUGGUUCCGCGGGCCGGGAUUCGAGGGCAUGCACGUGCAGGGGAGGCGGUGGGGCGGGGUCAUCAAGGAGAGGUGGAACCCCAAGAAGGGCCUCCCGUACAAGGGCUCCAUCUACGACGCGCAGCCCACCUUCGAAUCCUAUGGCGUCGCCCAUGGUUCCUCUGAUCUUGCAAAGGCUGUGCCAGAGGAGCACAAGAGGUUUCUGCAUGAUUUGGUUUGGAUACAUGAAGAGGAAAAUGUGCCAGUUGAUAUGGAUGGAGGACAAAUCAUCUGCAAUCUGAUUGCUGUCCAUGCUGGCCUAGAGAGGACCAUAGAUUUGAAUGAGCAACUUAGAGUUUUAAGAACUAGAGACACAAGGGUGCCAAAGGUUCAAAUGCUUAGUGGGAGGCAAGAUGUUUGGGACACACCCAAGGGUCUGGCCGGCAAGCAGACUAUUAUUGUAAGUGGCCACCACGGGAAGCUCCACAUCGACGGCCUCCGAUUUAUAAUCGACGAAGGUGGUGGUUAUGAAGACAAACCUAUUGCUGCGAUAGUUUUUCCUUCAAAGACAUUGAUCAGAAGUACCGAGGAAGCGGGAACCACAUCAGAGAGGUGAUCUAGAGUUCUAGACAUCGUCAGGAGCAGUGAACACGGAGGCACAGUUUUUUCUCUCUUGAAGUUACUGCUUGUAGUCAUGUACUCAUGUCAAACGACAAUAGGAAUAACGUCCAAAGGCAAUAAGUUGGUGAACCGGACCUGCGUUUUCUCAAUUUAGUCACUGAUGACUAUAUGUCUAUAUAUAUUGUACCUUGAUGCUGUCAAUUUAGACGAGACCGUACAUCCUCUUUUUUUAGGGCAAUAAACUUUACUCCCUGUCCUC